AUGGCUGAAAUUAGCAAUGAUCCCGCGCCUCCAAGCAGCAUUGAUAUCAUGAAACCCUCGGUUGCUCGGAUGUACGAUUUUUAUCUUGGUGGCAAAAACAACUUUGAGUCAGAUAGAGCUGCUGUGCUUGCUGCCAAAGAGGCAAACCCGCAAAUCUUUGAGAUGGCUAUUGAAGGUCGCCAUUUCUUGCGCCGAGUCAUUCGAUAUAUGUGCUACCAGGGCAUUACUCAAUUCAUCGACAUUGGCUCCGGUCUACCCAGCGCAGAUAACACACAUCAAAUAGCCCAGAGAGUUACGCCCGGUGCCCGUGUUGUCUACGUGGAUAUUGACGAAGCUGCUGUCGCCUAUGGCCAGCAAAUCCUCAGUGAAAAUCCGUCAACUACGUUUAUCCAUGGCUCAGUGCUUGAGCUAGACCACAUCUUGGGUCAUCCGGAGACCAAGAAACUCAUCGACUUUUCGAAGCCAGUUGGCGUUGUCAUGAUGGGACUGGUGCACUUCUUUUCAAUUGACACGGGUCGCGACAUCUUCUCAAUUUUGAAGAAGAACCUUGCUUCAGGCAGCAUGAUUAGCAUCACUCAUGGGGUAACAGAUAACCUGAGUGAAGAAGUCGUGCAGAAGAUUCUCGCUGCAUACGCAAGAACUCCUACGCCACUGAUUAUGCGACCACUGGCCGACGUUGAGCAAAUCAUUGAGGGCUUUGAGAAGGUAGAGCCGGGUGUUACUUUGAUUCAUGAAUGGAAGCCAGAUAUGGCCGAAGAGGGAGAGGCGGAGCCUCCGAAAACAUAUGUUUGGGGAGGAGUCGUGGUCAGGGUAUAG